UUAGUUAACUCUCCAUGAUUAAACUGAGUUUUCUUGGCAGAGGUAUCACAUCACCGCAAUAUCUGUAGCUUUAGCUCGAUGCCGUCAUUACGACUAAUUUGUUAAUCAACAAGACAGUCGUUACAUGCUAUUUCAGUUCAUUUCUAGCCACUUACAGACUACUUCAAGGUGUUGUUGGAAUGAAUGAUAAAUGGUUGCUACAAGACUUAACAGAAUUGUCUGUAAUGUGCUUGAGAGAAUGAAUUGUUGUGCAUCUAGAAUAAAUUGCAUGAGUAUUCCAUAAGUGAAACCUCCCAGACUAUCCUCCCUCAAAUCUCGAAUAUAUAGGGUCUUUUGUGUGUAGAAAUAAGAUACCAACAUAUGCAGCAGAAGAUUUGUGAACUAUCUCGUCAUCAGGUUGUACCUGCAAUGAUGUCGCAUUCUUGUGUCGCGUCUGUCUACAGUUCAGCCUAAUUUCACUUAUUUAAAACGCUCUUUAAAAAAAAAAAAACAACAACAAGAAAAUCGGAAGUUUUGACCGCCUCUGUUUUCCGUAAAAAAAAAAAAAAGCAGGAGACCCAUUCAUACCUGGGCCAGGUGGCAAGGGAAAGGCAAGGCCGCCCCACGCAGACCCCGGUAUAAAAGUGACGGGCAGUCACAGCGGGCAAACGUGCGCCGGACUACCUGUCAUCCUGUCCUUGUUAGUGCAGUUGUUUUCGGUAUACACAGAAUACGCAAGACUGCACACAAACCUGGUGUCCUGAGGAGAGAGUCGUUCAUUGAAGAACGGAGCGAUAGAGUGACGGAAAUAAUGAAGCUGGAGACAAUGCUUUCUCGACGGCAGAGUGCUGUAGUUGAUGCCGAAAAAGCUGUUUGCAGCACGGAGGCCGCCAGGAAAGAGUCUCCAGAGGACAGCUCAUCUAAAGAGGAGAAGAAAGAGCUGAAGGAGGGUCUGGUGGAGAAGUUCACCUCCUGUCGCUGGGUGGUGGGUUACCUGUGCUGCACGGCGCGCUUCUGCCAGUCCGCCAUUCGCCAGCUGAUGGGCAUGGCUGUCGUCUGCAUGACACUACGCUCCACCUCCCCGACACUCACUCAGACAACAAGCGACAACAACACCAUCGACACAAAUGAUGACAGUACUGCACCACCGAAAGAAGGGGGAGACUUUGCCUGGUCACCAGAAUUCGAGGCUCUGAUCCUCAACAGCUUCAACAUCGGCUUUUUCUUCACCCCCAUCAUCGGUGGGCAAAUAGCCACAGCCGUGGGCGGCAAGCGGGUCAUCGCUGUGUCGCUACUGGCCGGUUCUGUCGUCACCAUUCUUCUUCCGCCUGCAGCGAAGCUCAACGAGAUCCUGGUCGUUGUCCUCCGGAUCUUGGCAGGAAUGUUUUUGGGUGUAGUGGACCCCGCCAUACAAGCCCUGUGGGCAAAGUGGGCUCCUAAAUACGAGAAGGCCCAGCUGACCACCUGCUCCUACACCGGUCUAAGUAUUGCUGGAAUCGUGACUUUCUUCAUUUCGGGCUACCUGUGCGGCAUAACCAUAGAAAAUGGCUGGCCAUUCAUCUUUUAUUUCUUUGGCGGAUUCACGCUGCUAUGUUUCAUCCCUUGGAUGUUCCUGGUGUACGAUUCUCCAGAGCAACACCCAAGAAUUCUCGAGAAGGAAAUUUGUAUCAUCAACCUUGGCAAGAAUCCACUGGAUAUCAAAAACAAGAAAAUGACAACCCCAUGGAGGGCGAUCCUGACAUCUGGACCGUUCUGGGCAAUAGUGGUAGCGCAUAUCUGCUACACGUGGGUCAUGAGCUGGAUCAUUGCGUACCUGCCUAAAUACCUGAAAGUCGUCAUGUUAUUUGAUGUGAAAGAUAAUGGCUUGUAUUCUUCGCUGCCCUUCGUCGGCCGGAUGCUCGCAGGGUUCCUGAGCGGCUGGUUGUCAGACUGGCUCCUUGGACGAAAUAUGUUUUCCACUGCCACCGUCAGAAAAAUCUUUCAGGUUGUAGGCUGCCUGGGGUGCGCAGUGUGCACACUACUUGUGGGAUUUUUGGACAGCAGGCAUCGUAUGGAGGCUGUGGCGCUUUUGGUGCUCGCUAUGUCAUUCCAGAAUUGCACCUCCGUGGCUUUUCGCAUCAAUCACCUGGACAUAGCACCCAGAUUUGCCGGCGUGAUGAUGGGUAUGACCGUUACAGUUGCUAUGGCUGUCUCGCUGACGGGGCCUCCAUUCACCGCCGCCAUCGUUCGCGAGAACACCAGAGAAGAGUGGCUUAUCGUCUUCAUCGUCGUCUCUGGGUUCAACAUUUUUGGGGCCGUAAUCUUCGCGCUAUUUGCCAGCGGGGAGGUGCAGAUGUGGGCCUUGCCGCCGAAAAGCGACAGCGUGGACCACAGCCCGGUCGUUCCCGCGGACAGCAAUGCCGUCGUCGCCAGAACCUCUGACGACCAGGGCAGGACACCGCUGGACCUUCCCAACGGCUACUGCGUGCAUGAUGAAGCCUCGCCUAACCUAUCGAAAAAAGGCGUCCCGAGCCUCUUUGACCAAAACAAGACUCACUUUGAUGGCGGAGACCAGAAGAAGACCUCUGAACGGCCACCGCCGGAACCGACUGAGCUGCAGGGAAGCCAGAAGAAAUCAGAAAGUUCUCACAGCAGCGACACCGACUUCUCCGACCUGGAUGCGGAGGGAGCUGCUCGGUCUGAGGAGGAAAAGACGCAGAUGACAAAUGACGGUAAAGAGUGUUCAAAAGUUUGCGAGGCGAAAGUUCCGUCUGAUCUCGAACCCCGGCUGGCGUCGUCGACAGGACUGAGAGAAAACUUCAAGAAGAGCGAGCUCCCAAAGACACACCUCGCCCUGAGGAAACGAAUUUCGUCAACGGAUUUGAACAAAUAUUUGACGACGAAAAAAAGGAACAGAAUAACGACAUGCCACGUAAGGAUUAAUAAGGAAAGAAAAGGAAAGUGUCCUUCAGCCCCUUCUGUCGUACCAGCACCGAUUUUACUUUCUCGCCCUACAGCACAUGUGACGAUGUAAGUUGCAGCAUGUUGCUGUGCCUGAUACGCACCGUUCACUUUGAUCAAGUCUCUAUGCAGUAAUGCAAGCAGAACUAGUUCUCAGUGUUCCAUUUUACGAUGACGGUGUUGAUAUGAGUGUGCACACCAAGAUCCAUGUAUGGAGUGGUGCUUCUCAUGUUAGCUCUCUAUCACCUGGUUCUUGUAUUUAGGCAGUACAAAGUUGUGGAGCCAGAGAACUAAGAAAGAAUGUGAUUUGCACGUGGGAUGAAUUGGUGGAAAGAUGCGAGUUGACAUGCGGCUUUUUGGAACUGUUUUCCCAAAAUCACUUUAGCUUGACGCCCUUUUGUUCCUACCAUCCGACACAGUGAACUUUUUUUUCUGCUCCCCAUUAACCUUUCACUAUUCCAUCCACUCAAAAAUUUCAGAAUAACUAAGCUUUGAAUUAACAUCUAUUGACCUAUCCGUACCUCAAGCAUAGUGUUUCCAAAAUACGAAAGAGUUGGGUUUCGGUUCGAGAAGUCGUUCGUUCAAAACUUCGUACUUCUGACAUUAUAAACGAAAGCAAACUUCGGCGAUGUUCUAAUCCUCACCAAAUUUGUGCAGGAAUAUACAUGUACAUAUAUACCCGUUAUCUAUGGUCAUGGACUGAGCUGUAUUCCUUUAAUUCCCACCUCCAAGAUGUUGCUGACGGCUUCGGAAGGUUAAACUACUGGGCAGUGACACUGUCCCCGUUGCCGAACAUUGAGGUGUCAAGUUAGAAGUGUUUCACUGUUUGGCUAUGCAGACUAAUCCCGAUUCAGAUGAGGUGAUCGAAAGUUGACAAAAACCGAGGGAGUAAGCGACACAGCACAGAUUAGCUUUGAAUAUAACAGUUUAUGAGCAGCAAGCAGAAAAGUCUGUAUGAACAGGUCUCACGUGAAGAGACAAGACGUGAAUCUUUUAGCGGAUUUAGCCGUUGCGCGGAAAGAAAUCUGUGUAAACAGGCGCAAAGAUUUGAUUAGUAUUGCGGAUUUUCUAAGUACACGAUUUCCAAAUUUUAAUGAUUUAAAAUGUUGAUUGCACUACAGUUUGAUAAACGGUACACUGCAUCACAAGCGCAUGAUUCAAGGAAAGGACUGCAAAGCAGAAACUGCACAACACACACUUGCAAGAAAAUACCAUGACUAUGACUAUAUAAAUGUUUUCUAUUUUUAUUCUCGUAAUUAGCACGACUAUACCCAGAAUAUGAUUCAUGUGCAAUCAAAAUUCCAAGAAAAUACAAUGAGCAUGGCACAUCUGCCUAGCUGACAGUCAAAAUCUCUCCUGGAAACCACCUUAACGAAUAUGAUGUAAAGGGCACUUAGUUCUAAAAUGUAGUCUAUACAAAGGGGGUAAAUACUAUGCUGUCAACUCAGAUGGCCAUAAAAAAUGUUUUCUUUAAGUCUCACCAUUAAGCCAUAUCCUGCCUGAGUAUUAAACUUUGA